AUGGUUCAAUCUAUAGAUAUUUCAGGCAAUAAAUUGAAUGGUGGCAUUCCAGAGGCACUGGGAAGUUGCACAGGGUUGAUAUCUUUGAAUUUAGCAAACAAUGCCUUACAAGGUACAAUCACAGAGGCACUGAGCUAUUUGGUGUAUCUCAUGGACCUGGAUCUUUCCUCCAAUGCUUUAUCUGGUCAGAUUCCAAAAUCCCUGAAGAAACUUAAAUUUCUUCGCUAUCUGAAUUUAUCUUUCAACAGACUCACUGGAGAAGUUCCAGAAGGAGGGGUUUCUGCUAAUGCCACUGCUGUUGUUUCACUCAUUGGGAAUGCUGGCCUUUGUGGACCGCGGAUAUUCUUGUUACCUGAAUGCCCAAAUAAGAAAAGUCAUUCACACAAAGAAACAGUGAUAGUGGCAGUUUCUAGUGCCAGUGCUUUUGUGGUAUUCUGUUUAGUUUUAGGUCUCUUGUGGAGAUACAUCUCACCACCAGAUGAUCUCCCAAGGGAUAUCAUGCAGAAGUUGGAGCACAUCAAAAUUUCUUACGAAGAACUUUUUAGUGCAACUGGUGGAUUUAGUGAGAGCAAGUUGGUUGGAGUGGGCAGCUUUGGAUCAGUCUACAGGGAAGAUGUGAAAGAUGGUAGAGUAUAUGCAGUGAAGGUUCUUAAUUUGAACGAUGAAGAAGCUCAUAAGAGUUUUGAUGCUGAAUGCAAGGUGUUAAGAAAGGUUCGACACCGCAAUCUCACCAGGAUCAUAACUUCCUGUUACAUCCCUGGCUUCAAAGCUUUAAUUUUUGAAUUUAUGCCAAAUGGAAGCUUAGAGAAGCAUUUGUAUCCCGAACAAGAUGACUGCAAAUUGGGGUUGAAAAGACGACUGGACAUUGCCAUUGACAUAGCAAAUGUCAUGGAAUAUCUGCAUUACAAUUCUUCUGUCCAAGUAGUCCACUGGCAUGUAACAGAUUUUGGAAUUGCCAGGUUAACUUCAGGUACACAAUCUGUGGGUUCUCUAACUUCAACACUUUCCAUCAAAGGGUCAGUGGGUUACAUUGCCCCAGAGUAUGGGCUAGGAGGCAGAGUAACUACAGGAGGAGAUGUCUACAGUUACGGCAUUUUGUUGUUGGAAAUGCUCACAAGGAAGAGACCAACAGAUGACCUGUUUGUAGGAGGUCUUAACCUACACCAGUGGGUAAACUCGGCCUUUCCUAACAGCCUGGUAGAUAUACUUGACAGAAGCUUAGUGCGGGAUAUUCUUGGCAUGGAAGAGGGCAUGGAAGAAAUAUAA